CUUCCCCUGUUUUUAACCCAAAUCCUAUAGCAUGACUAACGUCGGACUUUUCAUCGAUCUUCCACCGGAGAAACAAUCGGAAGUCAGAAUCUCAUCCGUAUUGCCCGGACGGGUAAUUUCCGAAGCCCCAGUUAACCGGAACGCGGUUUACAGGGUGCUUGCAAAGGUCUGGGCGAACAAGCUGGAUUUUCAGAGAUGGGAACCUAAUUGUUCUUUAUCUGAUAUUGAUUUCUCUCUAGCUUCUUUCUGGGUUCAAGCACAUGGGUUAAACCUUGAUCAAUUGACUUAUAACAAUGCUUUGGUUGCUGGAAGAUCCAUGGGAGUUUUGGAGACUGCUGAAAACCCAGUUAUUAACAAUGUGUUGGGGAGAGCUUUCUUGAGGUUUACGGUUCAGAUUGAUGUUACUAAGCCCUUAGCUGCUGGGUUUUGGAGUAAUGGAAAAUGGAUUGAUUUAAAGUAUGAGAGGUUAUCUGAUUACUGUUGCAAGUGCGGGAGGCUUGGUCAUUCCGAGAGGGAAGAAAAGGUGAUGUCUUUAGUGGAUCUGAAGAAACCCAUGUAUGGUGAUUGGCUAAGGACAGCUCGAGUGUCUGAUAAGGAAAGAGAUUAUGGUGGGGUUAGUAAUGAGGUUAAGAGUGCAGAUAGUAGUAAUGUAUGGAGCGCGUGCUCACAUGCUCUUAAACAUAGAGAGAAGUCACAAGGAGGAAGAGGAGGUAGUUCCUAUAUAAUCCCGGCUAGGAGGAAAGGGGACCUUUCUUCAGAUGUUUCACCUUCUGUUCCUGUUUCUCCUACUGACCUAGUCCAGGAGCGCCCUAUGGAACAAGGGGGCGCUUGUAAUCUGAACCUUGGUAUAGGGGCUGCUAAUGCAUUGCCAAAUGGAUUGGCUGACAGAAGUGGAUAUGAAGAUUCUGUUUAUUUUGUGGAGAUACCUGAGGAUGAAGAGGAGAGGAAGCAGGGGAUGCCAAAGAAUAGUAGCAAGAAUAAGAAAACAAAAACCUCAAGUGGGAGCACAGAGAAAGAUGACUGUUAUUACUCUUGAUAAUAUUAAUUUGAUAUAUGUGCCUCUUUACACUUUGGAUGUCUUUUGGUCUUUGGGCACACUCAAACUUCUAAUGGAAAGCGUUGUGUUCGCCUAGCAGCAACAGAGGAGCCAUAAUCCACAUCUUUUUGUAGAAGUAAAAUUAUUUUGAGUUU